CCGAGAAAAAACAACCUCACCUACAGAAAACCAAAAACUAAAAACGCAAAAAAAACAACCUUAACUGCUAUUUUUAAUCGAUUAUAUUCGACUACACUACAUUCAACUACACUAUAUUUCGUUGGGCGGCGAGGUUGUUUCUGCGUCAUUGCUCGAGAAGAAGUUAGACGGCUCAUCUCCAUGGCAACCAGAACUCUUGUUAGCGUUGUGCUUUUGUAAAUUAGCACGGCGUGGCUAGCUGGUCGUCAUGUUCCUGUACAGUUCGCUCGUUUCGGUUCGUUCAAAUUCAUCCAAGUUGGAUAAGCAGUCAUAAUUUAGAAGAAAGUUUGUGUGAAGCCUAAAAACAUUGCUAGCUUGUGCGCGGUGAUGUCAGACUGGUGCAACACCGACACAGGAGAGGCGGUCUACAGGUCUCUGGAUGCUAUCAAAAACCUGCAGAUUAAGGUGCACUUGGAGAGGGUGACCACCACUGCGGCUCUCUCUCUGCGCCUCCAGCAGGAAGUUCUGACCCAGCAGGAUGGAGGAGCCAUCGAACUGAAACCCCUCGCCUCUCAGGCCCAGACUGGUGAUAACGAGGAGGAAGUAGUUGUUGGCUGGCAGGAGAAACUUUUCAGUCAGUUUGAAAUGGAGUUGUUCCAAAACGAGGCAGCGUGUCAGACCCCUCUGGAUCGCCAGUACCACAAGGAGGUCACGGCCCUGAACAGGGCUAAGGGUCGGCAAAACAACCGGAUCUUCACGUACACGGAUUACGAUCGCUACACCAACUGCCACCAGCUCCAGCAGCAGAGCACUAAUGAUUUACUGACCACAACCAAGUCCAGACCCACCUUCCUGGCUGAGAGGAUGGCCAGCAUGCGACACAGAAGACAGGACAGGCGAACCAUGGACUUCAGCUUCCCCAAGUCCAAGAUUAUCAACUGGGAGCCCAGCGAGGAGGUUAAGAGGAACAGCCACGAGGUGAACAGCGUCAUGCAGACCAUGCACAUCAUGGGAGACCUGGGAGCACCUGGAAGACUCGGACAGAAAGAGAACGAAUGUCUGCUCUUCACCGUAAAAACCGACGGCAACGGAACAAUAGUGGUGAAACCUGACUUCAACAAGGGCAAAGAGCCCUACAGGGUGGUGACUGAAGGCACCAAUAAAGACGUUUGGCGUCUCACCGUGGAGAAUGUCUCAGCGACCAUGAAAAGCGAGGACAAGGAGAGAGAGAAGCACCUGUUCAAAAAUCUGUUGGUCAAACACAAGGACUUCUCAAGUAGUCUCGUCGGACAGGACUUUGAAAUGCCACCUGCAGGUAUCCUGCGGUACUUGAUGAACGGGGAGAUAGUGUCUGCCAAGGGGUUUGAAUAUGACAACAUUUACGUCCACUACAUCAUGGAGCUGCCAAACAACUGGUCCAGCUUGCCAAUGCACCCCCACUCAGGCGUCACCCACACCUCGCGCACCAAGACAUCAGGGAAGGACAACGUGGCUUACUUCAGUUACCCUUUCACCUUCGAGGCGUUCUACAUGAGCGAGAAAGAGAGCGGGGAAUCACUCCCCCACUGGCCACUGUUGUACUUCAAGGUUCUGUCUCUGGACACCUGGCAGCGCUGUCGAACCGAAGGCUACGGAUACCUGCUCUUGCCUGACUCGCCUGGUCGACACACGGUCACGUGUCACACGUGGCGACCCCUCCAGACGGGCACGGUCUCGGCAAUGCGACGCUUCUUCAUCGGAGGUUCCCCGGAGCUGGAAGACCCGAGCUACGUGAGGACUCCAGGACAUUUCAAGGGGGAGCGGCUAAGUCGCUUUGGCUUUUGUACUGAAAGCUCUGGAAGUGUGACCUUUACUCUGCACUGCAUCCAGCAAUCCAAGGCCUUUGUGGAUUCCAACACGUUGAGAAGAAGGAAGCACUAUGUCGCCGACCACACCCACGGAUUUAGUCAUCACGAUACACUCAUGAGCACCAUGGAGGCCUUUCAACGGGCCAGAAGAAAAAUGCAAGACGUCCGAGAAAGUCUUCCCAGAGACUUCAUCGCCUCCGCCUCCCAACUCCAAAUUUGAUGUCCUGCUUAAGAGCGAAAAUCAGCGUAACAAAAUCUUCUUUGCGGUGACGAGGCAUUGUCUAAUGUGUUUGUAAUACAAACACAUUAGAAUAUUUGGCUUGUAUGGGUCACUCGGCCAAAAAGGUUCCCGACCCCUGGUUUACAUAUACAACUUUCUCCGACUUUCUAAGACGUGUUUUAUGCCAGUUCUUUUUCUGUCUCAUUUUGUCAACCAAACUUUUAACAUUGUGCAUGAAUGCACAAAGGUGAGUUUUGUUGAUGUUAUUGACUUGUGUGGAAUGCUAAUCGGGCAUAUUUGGUCCUUGCAUGACUGCAAGCUAAUCGAUGCUAAAAUGCUAUUUAGGCUAGCUAUAUGUACAUAUUGCAUCAUUAUGCCUCAUUUGUAGCUAUAUUUGAGCUCAUUUAGUUUCCUUUAAGUCCUCUUAAUUCAAUUUAUAAUACAAACACAUCCGAGAAAGUCAUUUGCAGUAAUAUUUGCUGCACUGUAACAUUUCCACUCAUGACAUUUUGUUAUAUAAAGUCCAUAAAUCAUGUAA